UCAUGAUACUACAUUGAAUUAACGUCAUAAUUCGAAAAUGUCCUCUACGGAAGUGAAUACAACUGUUUCUGACCCAUUUGAAAAAUACUAUUAUGCCAUAUCAGUCGGUGGUGAAGAAGAGGGUGAAGAUUUGCAUGAUUAUUAUGGUUAUGAAGGUCCUAUUAAAUAUCGCACCGAAGAUUUCAUCUCUCGGCCUUAUUGUAGUCAUGGGUCUGAUAUAGAAGAGAACAUUUUGGAAUUUGAUUUUUCAUAUGGAUAUGACUGUAAGAAACCUUACAACCUGGUUGUUAUCGAUGAACACACUAUAAUCUUUGCUUCUGGUAAUCUGAUACAUUUUUUUGAUGUAACCACUGUGGAAAUGUGGUACAGAAGAAGUGCCAAAGGAGGUGGCAUUGGUCAUAUUACAAAUAAUCCAGCAUUUCCCCAUUUUGCUGUUGGUGAAAAUGGAAAUCCACUCAUUAUUAUCUACGAGUGGCCGGCAUUAGAAAUCGUCUGUGUCCUCAAAGGAGGUACAGGCACUUCAAAGUUAUACACCCACCUGAAUUACAGUCCCAAUGGCGACCUCCUUGUUUCCCAGGGAGGAGAACCUGAUUAUAUGAUAACAGUUUGGAAUUGGUCCAAAGCAGUUAUUCUUUUACGUACUCGCUCUUACAUGAACGAUGUGUUGAGAGUUAUGUUCUCUCCAUACGUCCCUGGACACCUAACCUCUUCAGGAGUUGCACACAUAAAAUUCUGGAAAAUAGCAAAUACAUUCACAGGACUCAAACUUCAAGGGAAUCUAGGCCGUUUUGGCAAAACUGAAUACUCAGACAUUGUCGGCAUCUUCCCAAUGGCCGACGAGAAAGUCAUCUCAGGUUGUCACUGGGGUAACAUCCUCGUAUGGGAAGAGGGUUUGAUCAAACUUGAAGUCUGUCGUAAAAACCGUAAACGUUGUCACGAUGAUGCAAUUGUCCAGUUCAACUACCAUCAUGGUGAAUUAUGGACAGUGUCCCUUGACGGACAUGUAAAAAUGUGGUUCUAUGAUACAAUAGAUCAAGCAGAUCCUCCAGAUGAAGACCGUUUUUGUCUCAUGGAACCCACAUAUGAUUUUCAUACUCCUGGUGCUCGUUUCAUGUGUAUUGCAAAACAAUAUCAAGAUCCAGAAAACACCUACUAUUUCGCACAGGAUGCCAAAGGCGCCAUCUGGAGAAUAGAUCUUAACAUCGAAGAGGAAGCUGCACCAAGUGAGCGUCUACUUAAAAGCCACGCAGGUAUUACCAAGGGAUUAGCAGUGUGUCCUUGGGGACCGUAUUUUACAACCAUCGGAAUAGGUGGAUGGGUACAUUUAUACAACUACCUCACCAGGAAGUUACUCACGAUAAUACUGUUCCCGGCACCAGGAUCACAAAUCCUCUGGAUGCCCAUGGAAUUUGAUCGUUCGGGGGAAGUCGUCCUAGCUUGUUUUGGUGAUGGUACUGUCAGAGUGGGAGUAUGGAAAAUCGAAGAACGGCCGCCCGCUAGUUACAAAAUAAGCAUUAUACAAAUUUUGAAACUGCACAAUAAAAAUAUUACUACAAUGUCACUAAACAAGACCGGGAAAUUAUUGGUUACAGGAGCUGAGGAUUAUACAAUAUUUGUGCUUUUGGUUUUGUAUGAACCUAUGAAGUACCCGAGGCUGGUGCCAAUUGGAUUUAUACCAAUCCAAGACAGUCCUACGUGUUUCACAUGGCAUAAUGAUGAACCAAAUACUGUUAUUGUUGGUUGUACACAUGGGCAGAUCUAUUCAAUGGAACUACCCACAUUACCUGAACCCUACACAAAAACUAGUUUUGAGUUGGUUACGAUGCCAAUUUCACAAAGGUUUCACUCGUAUAAAUCUCAAAUAUAUCGGGAUAUUCAUAUCAAGAAUAUCAAAGCAAAAAAGCAAGCAAAACGCGAGAAAAAGAUGGAAAACCUUAUCAAAAUACGUAAUGAUAACCCUGGUCUAGAUAUAGACGAAGAACUAUUCCUACAAGACUCAGAAUCUGAGGAAGUACUUCCGGAAUUAUACAUUCCAGAAGAACCAAAUAAAAUCUAUUGGAUUCAACAUACCGUUGAUAAUACGCUUUGGGUUUCAAUGGCUGGUUAUGAUGCAGGGUUCAUAUACGAAUAUAAACUGGGUCAGAGUGAUCCAGUCCCAUUUCGAUUCAUGAGUAUUCCCGGCGCGGAAAACACAGACGUAGCUAAUUAUGUUUACAGUCAUAAUAAAGAAUACCUACUAUUUGCAAUGAUUGAUGGGUCUAUAAGAAUAAACCGUAUAAACCCAAAUGAUUGGCAUGAUCUUACCAAUUAUUGGUCCCUGGCGAUGCAUGACAACUACAAUGGAUAUAUUCCCGGAUUUAGUUUCUCCUAUGAUAAUGAAUACUUCCUCACUUCGGGGAAUGAUGGCAAUGUAUUUGUGUUUAAAUUCAAUACCGAUGAACCUAAACCAAAGAUUAAUAUUCCUCAACGUAUCAUACCGGAUUUGUCAACGUAUAAAUUGUUUGAUAAUGUGAAUUGUAAUACCAUGCCCAGUUUGGAAGAGACCAUUGUUAACAUGGAAGCUGAUAGAUUAAACAAAGUUGCAAAAGAGAAUAAACUCGCUUACCAAGCAAAAAUUGUGACACUUCGCGAACGCUACGAAGAAGUCCUUAAAUCCAACGAAGCAUUACCACCAUCUCAGAAGUUAACCAUUGAAGAACUCAUGGUAGAUCAACGCGUUGAAGAUGAUUUGGAACAAACGCUCGCAAAUGAAGAAGCAUUGGUGAGAAAAAAGUUUGAAUUCAAUAUGGAGAAGUCACGUGUACGCUUGGAGAAACUCCGACAUCAUUUUAUCGACUCAAUGGAUGUGUAUCCCAUUCGGGUGUAUAGUAUAAGAACAAAUGAAUCAAUCAGAAUUAUUAAACAACAUUGUUUGGGUGCUGAUUUUCAAGAAAUAUUAGAUACGGUAGAUAGGAAAAUGGCGGAAGAGGAUUUAAAAAGCAGGCAAACUUCACGUGCAACUGCCGUACCCAUACGUGCGCAGACUCCUCCCAGGAUGGAAAAUAAAUUAGAAUACUUUCUGAUUGGUUUAUCGCCGGAUAUAAUCGAAAACAAACUCGGUCCACCAAUCAAUCGAAUUCUGCGUAAAUACCGUGCCAGAAAAGAGUGGAAAGACAACCGCAAAAGAGAGUGGGACAUUUAUAAUGCCCUUAUGCCUACCGAAACUACUGGAGAUGAAGACGAAGAGACCAUUCAGGAAGCGGAAGAGAUGAUUGGAGAUUUCAAACUUAAAUCAGCUCCUGAUUAUAAAGUUCAUAAACUGCAUCGCGAAACAACAUUUAAAAAGUACAAACAAUUACUUUUGGUCCGAGAAAAAUCUUAUAACUUAGUUCAUGGCGCAAAUCUAAAAAUCUACGAUUUAAGAGAUCAAAAACGGACAUUACAUGAUGUAUUAAUACGUUAUGAUGAAAGAUUGAAAGCUGUACAAGAGGAAUUACUUCCUGGUGACCAUUAUGAACGACCAGCCAUUUUUGAAAUCGAUGAAGAAGAGUACCCGGAAAAAUAUUUGGAAAUACAUGUUUCAACAAUCAGCAACAAGCCUAAAGAGGAAGAAGUCAAAAGUAAACCACUAAAGUUAUCAGAUGAUCAACUUCAACGCUCGAUUCUUCUUGAAGCAACGGUUGAUCCAGAAGAAAAUGAUAUUGUUAGCGAUUGGGAGGAUCAUUUCCGCCAAAUUCGAUAUCGAGUGAAACGCUACGAACAGAAUCGCAUUAUUCGCUGCAUGGUCACCGCCAUUGAUCAUUUCGAUAUGAUCCACAGUCGUAUCAGACAUGAAAUAAUGAAUGUGCGUGUGGAAGCAAAUAUUAUGCAUUUACACUUGUUGCUUUUGCACCAGGAACUUCUCAUCUUGAAAGAUUGUGAAGAGAAAGAAAAUCAACUUUCCGACAAUGUCAAUUCAAAACGUACAGAAUUAUUAGAUAUUCAAGACGAGAAUAUACAUCUUGUUGCCGCCAUUGACAAUUUAAAGAAAGAAAUGGAUCAAUUAACAGAACAAGAGAAGGAAAUCAACAAGACAUUUUACUCUACAGUGUCCGAUAAUAAAUUUUUCGACUUUUUCAAGAGAAUAUUUAAGAAGAAAUACAAACCUCCGAAAAUUGCAGGACCUAAUGACGAUUCGGAUACUUCAUCGUCUUCGUCAAGUUCCGAUGAAAGUGAAGAAGAAGACGCUGCUAGCAUUGACUCCAAAGACUUUGGAAUAGUACGAUUAGAUGAAAAUGUAUGUCCAAAGGGUUGUGAUCGUACCUUUUAUGAUUUGACAUUUCAACUGCGCAAUCAACGCCAUGAAAUUGAACAACAAUAUCGGAACUGCACCAUUGAAACCGAUGCAAAGAUGAAAAGCAAAGAAAUUCUUGCCAAACGAAUGCGUAUUAUUGAUUCAGAAUUAAAAGUGCGCAGAGAUGAAUUAGAAUUAUUUCAACGGGAAAAACAACAGAAACUCAAUCAGAUUAUAUGCACGGUUAUUUUGAAACUUAAUCAAUUGAAACAUAUUAAACCAGAAGGUGGCUUAAACAACAUCAAAAACACGCUAGUUUUCUCUCAGAGAACUUUAUCAGCGUUGUAUCAACGUGUUGGUGUGCUUGAAAAAGAGCGCCAGGAACAAACCGAUAAACAUAUCCUGAGUUUAUUACAUUUGAAACGAAUGGAAUCUGAUUUCGAUGUGAUGGAUUUAACAAUGAAGAAACUGAAAACGCGAAUCAUACGCGAAAUGAAUACUAAAUUCGGCAGUGUAGUGGACAUCAAAGAACUUGAAGAAUAUCUACUCAAGCGGAUGAUAUUUGAUCUGAGACUGUCACUAUCCGAUGUUAAGGGCAUGUUUAAUGCACAGAUGAAUCAUUUGUAUGAAGUGUUCAAAGGUCAUCAAAAAGCGAUGAUGAAAUGGUUGAAGCUGAACACCGCUUCGCAGGAUUUGUUGUGUAUGCUGAGGGUGGAAAAAGACGACUUGAGUAAAGUAUACGACCAUCAACAGAAGGUCCUAGCUGGUAUAGAUCAUUUAUUUGAACAAGCAAAUAAAGUCAAGGUUGAAUUGAUGAAGUUGGAUAAGAUAAUCAAGUCACAGAAUGAGGAUAUUGAACUGUUGAGACGAGAAAUCAAAACGUACAAGACAAAGGGUUUGGUGUUGCAAGUUCCGAAAAGUCGAACACCAAGCACCGUAUCUGACGAGGAAGUUUAUGAAGAGCAGAGUUUCGUUUCAGAAUGGGAAGAGAUCGAUGAUUACAUGUACACAGAGAACUACGCAAAAGAAUAUUGGGCCAAUAGACAAAUUCAAGAAGCACGUAAAACAAGACAGGAAGUUAUCUAUGGCAUCAUGGAUGACCUCUUCAAAAACAUUAAUCUACAACUAAGACACAAUAAAGUCGUAUCACUUCUUAAAAGUGUGAUAUCCGCCGUGAUGAACAAAUGUGAUGUGGCUGAGAUUAUCAAUGAUAUACUUAAAGGCAUUCCAAACUCUGACGGGUUGACAGAUGAGCAAAACUCUUUGAUUGAACUCACCGCAGAGAAAUUAUACACAGUCGAUGAAUUUAAUGAAAGCUUUGAAGGGGAAGAAGAAACUGAAGAACAGCGUAUUAUACGAGGUCGAAUGACAGAACAAAUUCAUGAAAUCGCCAAUAGUGUGCUCAGUGUUCAUUCUCAAGAUGAACCCAUACAGAUGAUCACUAAACUCGUCGAAAAAAUACUUGAUAAUGUGCCAUUGCAUUACGUCUUGGAAGACCAAAAUAUGGACGCGGUUUCAGACAAAGUGGCCGCCUCUGUACCAGAAGUAAGAUUGGUGGACAAAGGAAGCUUGGAUAAUAUAAAAAUGAACUCAUUAGAGGCAAGCAUAUUGAUGGAAGAGUUUCUAGAUCGUGUGGUUCAGAAAGCGCAGGAAAACUUGGACCAAGAACUUGGCAAGAAUGAAGGGGAUUAAGUUAGACGAUUUGUUUUAUAUUAUAUCCGCACAUAUGACACUUAUACUUUUAAAAUUUAAAUUGAAUAAUAUACUUUGUUCUACAGA